AUGUUUAGCAAUGCUAAGAAAGGAAAAGGGUUAGAAAGUGGAGAAGGUUUGAAUUCCGACCAAGAUUUGAUUAUAGAAACGAGAAGCAUAGCAACAUUGUUAAAAGAAAUUGAAGGUCUCAAAGAAAGAAUAACUUUUUUAGAAGCCGAAAAUAAUCGCAUACAAUCACUUGUGGUAAAUCAAUACGAGCAAAAUGACACUCUUCGCGAAGAUGUCAAAAAAAAUGAGCGGAAAAUUAAGGCCAAAGAGGCGAGAAUUAAAGAAUUAGAGGAAAGCGUUUCUUCCUGGACUUGCUCUUACGAUAAGAAACAAAAAGAUUUAGACGAUGCUGUUAAAGAAAAAAAUUCACUAGCGAAGGAAGUUAAUUCUCUCCACAGCAAGAUUAAAUCCGAAGAAAAAGAGAACAAAAAUUUAAGGGAAUUAAAAGCCCAAAUUACCCAAGACUGA